UUUCUUCUUCUUCACUGCUCCGCUGCACCGAACAGCCCUUUUAAACGCUACAACACUCCGCACCAAAAGAAAAGAGUCAUGGCAGAGAAUGUUGGGAUUGUACAGCAGCAGGACAUGCCAGGAAAAGACCAACAUGCAGAGAACAAAGACCACUGUGUGACAUGUCAGAGCCACACGGCAAAGGGACAUGACACAAUGGCUGUCCCUCCUGCAUACUCAGACCUGGGGAAAUCUGCCAAAGAUAUCCUCAAUAAAGGCUUCGGUUAUGGUGUACUGAAGCUAGAUGUUAAGACCAAGUCUCAAAGUGGAGUUAUGGAGUUUGCCACUUCUGGCUCCAGCAACACAGAUACAGGGAAAUCAGGAGGCCACCUGGAGACAAAGUACAAAAUGAAAGAUCUGGGUCUCACCUUCUCCCAGAAGUGGAGCACUGACAACACACUCACAACAGAAAUCACCCUGGAGGACCAGCUGGCUAACGGCCUGAAGCUCGGUCUGGACACGUCAUUUGUGCCCAACACUGGCAAGAAGAGUGCCAAACUGAAGACUAGCUACAAGCGGGACUUUGUGAAUGUGGGCUGUGACCUGGACUUUGACAUGGCCGGCCCCACUGUCCACACGGCGGCCGUGCUUGGCUACGAGGGCUGGCUGGCUGGUUACCAGAUGGCUUUCGACACUGCCAAAUCUAAACUGACCAAGAACAACUUGGCACUUGGAUACAAAGCUGAUGACUUCCAGCUUCACACCUGUGUUAAUGAUGGCACAGAGUUCGGAGGCUCGAUUUACCAAAAGGUGAACAGCAACCUGGAGACAGCAGUCAACCUGGCCUGGACAGCAGGCAGCAACAACACACGUUUUGGAAUUGGAGCCAAAUACCAGCUGGAAAAGGAUGCCUCCCUGUCGGCCAAGGUUAACAACGCCUGCAUUGUUGGACUUGGAUACACACAAACACUCAGGCCAGGAGUGAAGCUCACCCUCUCUGCUCUGAUCGAUGGGAAGAACGUGAACGCCGGUGGGCACAAAAUCGGCCUUGGUUUUGAGCUGGAGGCGUAAGAAUCAGCAGGGCGGGGCAGUACAGGAGGAAAGCAACACAGGAGAAGAAUACACCGCAACGGCCCACUCACCAACACAUCACUACAUCUUCCCUUCCCACACACAGAUGCACACACAUACACACAUACUUUGCCUUAACCCUGAAACCCCAAGAAGCCUCUAAGACCUCUGAUACUGUAAUUCUAAAGCAAUCAAAUAUUAUAUUAUGUACAUAACUCACAGAUCAGUUUUGAGCAUAUAUUACCAGAGUACAGCAUAAAAUAGUCUUGUUAGAUGUCAGUCCAUGCAAAAACCCCAUUCUCUAAGUGCUGUGCUACUUAUGGCUGCUUUGGCCAGACAAAGUGCACUUUUAAUAGAGGAUCUGUGUUUCAAACCUCUCUGUAUUCUGUCUGAAGCACCUUCUAAUUCUGUGUUAUUCAGAUAUACUCUGGGAGAUCGUUAGAGGGUCUUUGUUUUUGGUGCAUUGCUGUUCUGUUGCAUGCUUUAAAGGUUAAAGAGGUUUUUUUUUGACUUUUCAUUGUCAUAUUGACAACAGAUGAAAUAGAGGCUAGAGAGCAUUAAGCAGGAAAGACGGGUUGUGCUUCUGUGAGUGGACUGCGGCUCCACUGUUAGACCUGGAUAAAACAGUUAAACACUGUGAUCCCUCAGUUUCUUUUUCAGGUCCUGUUUAGGUAAAAAUGUUAGGAUCUCUGUGUCACCUCACGUUUGUGUCCCAUAACUGUUAAACCUUUAGCACUACAUUUCACUUUAUCUGUGCUGUGCUUCGUAUAGGAAGUUAGCCAACAGUUAGGACCUCAAACUGACUUUAUUGAAUGAAUUAAAUAAAGAAUUUAAAACUCUA